CCCCCUGACCCACCAGCUUGGGGUCCCUCUCACCAUGUGCUGCUGUGCUAAGUUGCCAAGUUCUCCAAACUUGCUCUUUCACCAGUAUUCACACAGGCCUGAGAUGCUGAGCCGCUUAUCAGGGUUAGCAAACACUGUUCUGCAGGAGCUGUCGGGGGAUGGAAGUGAUGCACAGGUUGAGUCCUCUGCCACUGUGUCAGAGCCAGGAAUGGAGAGCAGGGAGGAGAUGCCCAAGGAUAUACUGGAGCGUCUGGCCCACACAGAGCAGCUGGCUGUCCAGCUGAAGGAUUUGAUCCGAGAGAAGGAUGCCCGGCUCCAGCAGAAAGAAGUUGAACUCAAGGAAGAGAGGGAGGCUGCAGAUGCUAAGUUGAAAAAGCUGAAGCUGCAGGCCAAAGCCAAGCUGGCAGCUCUGAAUAAACGCAUUGAGGAGCUGACAGAGCAGGGAUCAGUGUUGCCUGCAAAGAGCCUGCCAGAAGAGCAGCUGCAUCACAGGAAGCUUCAGAAUAAUCAGAGGACCAAUGAAGAGCAGAAAGAGGAGGUUGAAGCACUCAAACAGAAACUCCAGGAGCAGGAGGAGACUGUCAGGAACCUGAUGGAGCAGCUGGCUGUAACUAGAGAGAGCCUGACAGAUACUCAGGCCAAGCAAGCAGCCCAGCUGAGCUCCCUGCAGGAGGUGAUUCGUGAGAAGGAUGCUCUCCUAGAAGAGCAGGUUCACCAACACUGUGCUGAAUUACACCAGGCAGUGCCCCAAUCAGAUCGAGAAGCUGAGAUGCAGCAGAACCUGAGGACACUGCAGAGAAUGCUGGAGGAACAGGAAGCGGGUCUCUUAGGACGAACUCAGGUGGUGGAACUACUGCAGCGGGAGUUGCAUGGUGCGGAAGAACAGAACAAGACUCUCUUGGACCAGUGUCAGAGGAUGGAGGCAGAGCUGAGCUCCUUAAAGAAAAUGUUGGAUGCAGAGAGAGAGGAGUCUCAAAGCCUUGUGGAGAAGAUGGAGCUGGAACUGGCUGAGAAGAAGCUGUCCUUCCAUCAGUUACAGGAGGAGGUGCAGUAUCUCUCAGAGCAGCUGGAGCAGGCAGCAAGAACUCGGACUGAACUGGAAUCUGAAUGUAGAGCUCAAGACCAGAAAUACAAGCUGGAGGUAGAAGAGCAAAAGCUGCAUAUUGCUUACCUCCAGAUGGCUGAGCAAGAGCUGCGAACUAGCCACGAUGCCCUCUUAGCCCAGAAUGGUCAGCUGCUGCGGGAUAUUGAUCGGCUGCUGGUGCAGUCUACUGAAAACUCUGCUACCAUACAACACCUGCAAGAUGAGCUCACGCAAAAAUCUGAGGAGUUCGUCCAUUGCCAGACUGAACUAAAAUUGUUAAAGUCUGAACUAGUGAUGCAGGUCUCUCAAUCAGAGGAGCAGGUACAAUCUCUAAAGGCAGUCUCUGAGCAGAAUGAAAUACCUCUUCAGAAAAAUGUGGUGGAGCAGGAGGAUGAGAAGAGGACUUUACUCCUACCCACUGCAGCCUUGGAGAGGCUGAAGGCUGAAAAUGAGACCCUGUGCUUUCAACAUACCCUCCUGGAGGCUCAGCAUGAAGCUGUGAUGAGCAUGGAAGAUUCAAACCAGACUGACAGCAUUGGAACUGAUUCCAAGUUAUUGGACUUGCUCACUCAAGAAGGACCAUCCUGCUCUGGAUACUGCUCACCUGGGCCUGAUGGUCAUUCAGCAGCACUAGUGAAUAAUGAACCACAAUCUCCUCAGCCAUCUGAAGAUAUCAUGGCUCUAACCCAGACCAGUACAGAGGAACCACCCAGAAGCAGCAGUGGGCAGUCUGCUGAAGAAGGUGGCCCAGCUGGCAUUCUGGAGUAUCUUUCUGCAGCGAAACAUAAAGAGCUGUCAGUCUUGCUGCUGGAAUUGAGGGAAGCUCAAGAAGAGAUAACAUUUCUGAAGGGACAGCUCUUGGAUCCAGGAAGCCAAACACCUGCAAUGAACUGGGCAGAGGAAGAAAUAAAUGUUAUGGGAGGAAGAUUCCAGCCAAGAUUCCUUGAGGGAGAAGGACAAAAGACCUCAUCUAUCCAGAGUGAAUUGAGCAGUGACUCGCUGACGGUGGAGGAAGUGCAGAAAACCUCUGUGCUUCAGGAAGAGACAAACAGCUUCCCAGAAGUACUCCUAGAGCACAUCACCCACAGUGGAGGGGAAAUGGAUGCAGUGCAAGGGCUCAGAGGAGGGCUCUCUGCAGCAACUACAGAGCUUGGUCUUUCUCAGCCUCAGGAGCUGACACAGUUGCAAAGAAAAAUUAUGGAGCUGCAAACAAGUCUGCAGAAAUCAGAGGAAUUGUAUAAGAAAGACUCAGAAGAGAAAGUGGCAGAAAUAAAUAGGCUAACCCAGCUGGCAGAGGCAUGCAGGAAAAAUGCAGAGAAAUCUAACAGUGCAUUGCAUGUUCUGACUGAAGAGAGAGAUCAGCUCCUGUCUCAGAUGAAGGAGCUUUGUACCAUAACGGAACUAAAGGAGCUUGAAGGAAAUCUAAUGGAUUCAGAAAAGCAGAGGCUAUCUGACUAUGAAAGCAGAACUGUACAGCACAGUCUACUGAAAGAACAAAUCCAGAGCCUGAAAAAUGAAUAUAAAUCCAAAGAGAGAAAAAUUGAAGCUUUGCAAAAGGACCUGGAUGAGGCACAGCUUCAGCUUUCGAAACAGGAUGCUCUAGCAAAAAGUCUGAGAAACCAGCUCCAGAAGACGGAGUGUGAAGUGCUUGAUCUGCAGGAACAUUUGAGGAAGACCACAGUCAAGACAGAGGAGCUUACCCAGGGCAUUGUCUCAAAGGAGCUUGACGCAGUAAGGCUAGAACAGCUUCUUGCUGAACGGACUGGGGACAAUGAGAACCUCCAGCAAGCUUUACUGGAGAGGGAUCAGCAGGUGACUGAAAUCAGCAUCACAAUGUCUGCGAAAAUAGGCCAGCUGAAUGAAGAGAAAUUUGCUCUGGGGAGUGAGCUAAAGGGCCUUAAAGAGCAGAUGAGCUUAUUGCUGAAAACUGAGGCAAUAAGAGACCAGCACACGGAACAAACAGGAGAAGCAGAAGACUUGUGUCUGAAAUGCAAGGGGUCUGAGCAGCAGAGCGAGAUGAUGGCAGCAGUGUGUAAGGAGAGAGAGGUGCUAGGAAGUGAACUGGAGCAUCUCAAAAAAGAAAAUGAGCAAGUGAAGCGAAAGCUGCAGGCAGCUCUCAUCAACAGGAAGGAACUUCUGAAGAAGGUCAACAAGCUGGAGAAUGAGCUGGUGCAAGUGAGAGGGACAUUUGGGGCAGAAGCUCAGAAAGCUGAAGUGGAAGGUACUACAGCAAGUGGCCUAAAUGCAGAGGGAGACGUGACUCCUGAAAGCCAAGCCAGGGAGAUGUCUCUCAUGCAGUUGCUUUCUGAAAGGGAAGCUGAGCUGCAGAGCAUCCAGAAGGACUUGCUGGAGAAGGAAGCAGCUGAAGCACAGUUGCAGGCUCUGAUUGAGGAGAUGAAGAAAAGUUUGCAGGAUAAGACCAACCUAAUUGAUUCGAAGAAGGCUGAAAUUAUGGAAAGCCAGUCAGCCAUCCAGAAACUUAUCACAGCCAAUAAGUGCUUAGAAGGUUCUGACCCAGCUGCUUCUAAAGAGGAUGAGGUGAACAGUCCAGCUGCUGCAGGGUUUGAAGAACACCAUAAGUCUGCUCUGAAAGAGAGAAUCUCAGCCCUUGAACAAGAAAAAGAUCAACUUCAAAAGAAGCUUCAGGAAGCACUGACUUCCCGUAAGGACACUAUAAAGAAGGCUCAAGAAAAAGAUCGACACCACAGAGAGCAGCUGAAACAGCAGAAGGAUGAUUACAAUCUCCUACAAGAACAGUUUGAUAAGCAAAGCAAAGAGAAGGAAAGCAUCCAAGAUCAGCUCAGACAACUCCAAGCACAGAGAGAGUGUACAGAGAGCCAUUCUCUGCCAGGCAUCCAUUUCCAAAGAUCAGCUGAGUCUGUACUCGAUGUAACACAAGAGCUUGCAGGAAAUUUACAGCAUUCUGACAGGAGCCAAGGCUGGAUUGAGUCUUCAUGCUUGGAAGUAGAAAAUACUAAAACAAAUAACCUCUUACAGGAGACAGAUGUUUCUAUGGAAGAGUUUAAGGCAGAGCUCAAGAAUCUGCAGACCAAGAAAGAUGAACUAGAAUUCACAGUCAGUCAUUUGGAAAGUGAUCUUGCUUGCAAAUCAGAAGCAGUCAUUCAGCUACAAGAGCACAUAGCACAGUUGCUCUCAGAGAUGGAAGGUCUGAAGAGCACCUGUCACCAGGUGGAAGCCCAUGCACCAAGUCUUCAGGCAGAACUGGAAAAAAGUCAAACAGAGAUUUCCAGACAAGACAAUCUGAAGGCACUUAAACAAGAAGUAGAGGAGCUAAAAAAUCUCAUGAGCAAAAAGGAUGAAGAAAUUGAACUCUUAAACUUGCAGCUAAGGGAGAAAAGCAAAGCUCUUACUCAGGUACAGAGAGAUUUCCUGGAAAACGAAGACUUGAUCAAGACUCUGCACAGUCAACUGGAAAAACAAACUAGUAUGCAUGAGGAACAAAGCAAGCGACUGAAAGCUGAGCUUCUUGAACUCCAGCAGAGACCAGAUGAGGGGGCUGAAGAAGCCAAAUAUAAGAACCAAGUGCAGAGAAAGCUGCAGGCUGCACUCAUCUCUAGAAAAGAGGCACUUAAAGAGAGCACGACUCUAAAAGAGGAGCUGGCUACUGCCAAAAUGACUAUAGAAACUCUCUCUCUGAGGCUGGCAGAUAUGGAGAGCCAGGUUUGUGAUUGGGAUAGGGAAAAAGAUGCAUUAUCAGAAAAGUUAGUAGGCGUCACUGAAGAGAGAGAGAAACUCAUUGCAGAAGUUGACAAAGCUUUAAUGGAAAAUCAGAACCUUGAUAGCUCUUGUGAAAGCCUGAAGCUGGCUCUAGAGGGGAUCACUCAAGAGAAGGAGAAGCUAGAGAAGGAGAUUGAAUCCUUGAAAUGUUUGCAGGCUGCCGAGAGUUCUGAGUGGCAAGAGAAAUAUAAGGAACUGCAGAAAGAAUAUGAAACCCUCUUGCAGUCCUAUGAGAAUGUAAGUAAUGAAGCUGAGCGAAUUCAUCAUGUUCUGGAAACUAUCAGGCAGGAAAAGCAAGACAUUUUCAGCAAGUUGAAAGGUGCUGAGGCUAAGAAAAGAGAAGUAGAUAAGCAGCUGCAGGAGGCUGAGCAGGAGAUGGAGGGAAUGAAAGAAAAAAUGAGGAAGUUUGCAAAAUCCAAGCAACAAAAGAUCCUGGAACUGGAGGAGGAGAACGAACGGCUGAGAGCAGAGUUGCACCCUACAGAGGGUGACCUAAACAGGGAUGGAGAUAUGUCUCUCUUGACAAGCACUAGUCUUAGAGAGGCACUAGAGAGCUCUAAGAGGGACUGCCAAUCGCUUUCCAUUCAGCUUGAAACAUUAAUGGCUGAAAAGGGUUCUCUUGGUCAAGAAGUUCAAGUCUUAAAGCACCAAUUGCAGUGCACAGAAUCCAAGCUAAAGGAAAACUUAGAUGCAGCAGCCAAGCAUGGUGUCCAAAAAACUAUUGUGGAAGAAGCAAAUCAAGCUGUUCCCACAGCAGCAUUACCUCUAGAAGUGGCUGACAAUCAAGUGGAUUUAGGGCCCUGCACAGAAUCUCCAGAGCCUCUUAGAGCAGGCAUUGUAACUGAGGCAGAAGAGAAAUUAAAUGAAGGUAGCAGGUCACAUGAUGAAAUUAAUACUUACUUACAGCAAAUAGUUCAGCUUACAGAGCGAAUCACAGAAUUGGAGGAAAAUAGAAUGGCUGCAGAAAAACAAGUAGGCAGCAUCUUCAGGAGUGUUGAAACCUUAGGAGAGGAGAAGAAGGCCUUAGAGAGCCAAGUGGCAGCAAAAGUCCGUGAACUGAACACCCUUCAGGAAACAGUAGCCAAGAUGGAACUAACUAACAGACAAAUCGAAGAACAACUUGUCAGAAUGACAAAGCUGAAGGAAACGCUGGAGGCAGAGAAGGAUGACUUAGAGGAAAGGCUCAUGAAUCAGCUAGCAGAACUUAACGGAAGUAUUGGAAACUAUCAACAAGACAUGGCUGACCUUCAAACCAAAAAUGAGCAACUGAAAUCUGAGCUCCAGAGCUUGCAAAGAAUGGUAAAUGAGCUGGAGGAGGAGAAGCGGCAGCUGAUGAGAGAGAAAACUGAGGCAGAGGCAGAGACACAGAAGGAAUAUGCAGAAAAACUAAAAUGUGCUCAGAAGGGAGAUGGCAGCAGAACUCAUGCAAAAGAGCUUCAGGAGCUGUUGAAACAGAAACAGCAGGAGGUGAAACAGUUGCAGAAGGACUGUAUUAAAAGCCAGGAGAAGAUCAGUAGUCUAGAGAGAACUGUUAAAGCUCUGCAGUUUGUUCAAAGUGAGUCUCAAAAGGAACUCGCAGCAGCCAAAGAGAACUUAGCCAAAGCAUGUGAAGACACCAAGAAAGCACAAGCAGAGCUGGCUUCCUGCAGAAUAUUACUGGAUGAUACUCAGAGUGAGACAGCAAGGAUUUUAGCAGAGAGUCUCAAAGUGAGAGAGGAGCUGCAGGCAAACAAAGAGCAUGUUAAAAUUCAAAUGAAGAGAAAGGAUGAAGAUUUUGAGAGAAGACUGGGACAAGAAAAAGACAAGCACUCAAAGGAGAUAAAUAACAUGGAGGAAAAACUGGCAUCUUUGCAGAGAGAGAGAGAUUCUAUGGAAGGGACUGUCAGAGACAUUCAAGACUCCUUGCACAGAAGAGAACAAGAGGCCAAGCAGCUACAAGGCAGCCUUAACAAAAACCUGGCCCAGCUUGCAGCCUUCACCAGGAGCAUGACUUCUCUCCAGGAUGACAGGGAUCGAGUGAUUGAUGAGUCCAAAAAAUGGGAGAAGUUGUUCACUGAGGCUAUUCAAAAGAAGGAAGAGGAGAUCCAUGCUAGAGAGGAGACCUGCACUAUUCUAAAGGAUCAGAUGAGGCAGAUGUCCAUGCAUAUAGAGGAGCUACAGAUUCAUGUAUCCAGUCUGGAACACAACAAACAGGAUUGGGAGUCUGAGUCUCAGAGAGUAAUUCAGCAGCAUCAAAAGAUGUUUGACAUGCUGCAGGAGGAAAACAAAGGGCUUGUGUCUCAGUUAGAAGAGUAUCAGAGACUGUAUACAGACUCUCAAAAUGAACUGCAGAAGCUGGAUGCAGAAAUCAAGUGCCUCAGAGACCAGCUUGCUGAUUUGCAUAGCUCCUUCACUAAGUCUGAGGUAUCAAGAGAAGAAAUGGAAAGCAUGGUCAAGCAACAAGAGGCCAGCAUCCAGAACUGUAAAUUCAACUGUGAGCAGCUUGAGGCUGACCUGCAGGCCUCCAAGGACCUGACAAACAAGCUGCACAAAGAAAUUGGUGCCAAAGACCAGAAGAUUAUCAGUCUACUAGCUGCCAAGGAGGAGGCAGUCAUGACUGUUGUAUCUGAGUUACAGCAGCAACACAGUGAAGAGGUUAAAAGGUUGGAGGACAGGCUGGGCAAGAAGGAAGAAGAGAAAGUGACCUUGAAAAAUGAGAGAGAGAAAGCACUGGACAAGCUUAAUCAUCUCAUGGAAACAAUGAAGAUAACCAGAGAGGAAAGUAAGCAGCAGAAGGCGCAGCUGGCUUCCUUCGCCAAAUGCAUGUCUUCUCUGCAGGAUGACAGAGACCGCGUGCUGAGAGACUAUGAACAGCUGGAAGAGCGUCAUCUUGUUAUAAUCCUGAAGAAAGACCAGUUGAUUCAAGAGGCUGCUGCGGAGAACAACAAGCUCAAAGAGGAGAUUCGAAGCUUCCAUAGCCAGGUGGAUGAUCUCAACUCUGAAAAUGCCAAACUGAAUGCAGAACUCGUGCGGUAUAGGGAGGACCUGAACCAGGUGAUUUCAAUAAAGGAUUCCCAGCAAAAACAACUCCUCAAAACACAGCUUCAGCGAAUCCAAGUGCUGGAAAAUGAAAAGGUCAACAUAGAAGGGCAUCUGAAGGAGUCUGAGCAUGCUGUGGAAGAUCUCAGGCAGUGUGUGGAAGCCCUGAAAGAGGACAAACAAAGCAUGUCCAAAGAGAUUGAGAACAUAACAUUCUCUCUCUCUCAAAUUCAAAGCGAGAUGACAGCUUUACCUGAAGGGAGACACAUCGUGGAGCUAGAGACACAAUUAAAAGAUCGGGAGAAGGAGGUGCAAGAGCUGAGCAGUAAGCUUGCUCUCACACAGAAGAGGGUAGCAGAACUAGAGGAGGAACUGGUCCAUGUCCAAAGAAAUGCAGCCGAGAAGGUGGGAGAGGCCCAGGACAAACUUAAGAAUGAACUGAAGCACCUACAUCACGAUGCAGGGAUAAUGAGGAAUGAAACUGAAACAGCAGAAGAGAGGGUAGCAGAGCUGGCAAGGGACCUGAUGGAAAUGGAACAGAAACUUCUUACAGUCACAGAGGAAAACAAAGAUCUGAAAGCCCAAAUUCAGUCUUUUGGGAACUCCAUGAGCGCUCUCCAGGAUAGCUGGGACCAAACCAAUGAAGAGCUUCAGGUGCUAGGAAAGAAAUACUCUGCAGACUUAGAGAAGCAGCAGUGUCUAGUACAGAGCCUCCAGAAGGAGAUGGCUCAAUUACAGGAAGAGCAGCACUCCACUGCCAGAGAGAGAGACUCUCUGAUAUCUGAAUUGACAGCCCUGAAGAACACUGAUGAUAAAAAAGGCCUGUUAUUUCAGCUUGAGGAACUUAACCAGCAGCUCAGAGUCAAAGACGAAGAGCUUUUCCGCUUGUCUUUGGAACUGGAGGAGUCCUCCAGCCAGAUAAAGUCUUUCUCUAGGGCCAUGGCAAGCCUGCAGGAUGAGAGAGACCGUCUGUUGAGUGAAUUGAACAAAGCACAUAGGGUGGAGGAAGUGAAGCAGCAGACAGCAGUGAACUCUUCCAGCAGCCCUGCAGAAGUGCAGAGCCUGAAGAAGGCAUUGUCCUCCUUACAAGAUGACCGAGACAGACUGACUCUGAUCUUACCUCAUUUUCACUGGCAUUCACUAUGUUAGACAUCCAAUCGCCACCAACCUUCUUGGUGAAAACCGAAACGAAGUCAUUGAGCACCUCUGCCAUUGCCACGUUUUCUGCUAUUGUCUUUCCCCCCUCAUUGAGUAAUGGGCCUACUCUGUCCUUGGUCUUCCUCUUCUAAGGUAUUUGUAGAAUGUGUACCUGUUUCCUUUUAUGUCUCUAGCUAGUUUGAUCUUGUUUUGUGCCUUGGCUUUUCUAAUUUUGCCCGUACAUAUUUGUGUUGUUUGUUUAUAUUCAUCCUUUGUAAUUUGACCGAAUUUCCCCUUUUUGUGGGACUCAAAAAAGAGUUUUAGGUCAUUGAAAAUCUCCUGGUUAAGCCAAGGUGGUCUCUUGCCAUACUUCCUAUAUUUCCUACGCAGUGGGAUAGUUUGCUCUUCUGUCCUUAAUAAUGUCUCUUUGAAAAACUGCCAACUGUCUUCAAUUGUUUUUUCCCUUAGACUUGCUUCUCCCACCAACAUAGCACUGUGCACAUGAGCGCUUAUACUGGCAAAACUUAUGUCGCUUAGGGGUAGGGGGGUUCAUAAGUGCUAGUGUAGACAUGGCAUUAGAAAACGUAGUGACAGCACUCCUCUGCCUUGGGGGUUCUGUGCUUCCACUUAGUGGUGAGCCGGUGUAUUCCUCUACCUCAGAAUUUCUCCAUGUCCCUGGGCUUGCUGUCCAUACCUUGCCUGAGCACAGUUCCCUCCACCCUCCCUGAUGAGGAAGUGGGAAGGAAGCCUCUUAGUCUCUGGGAGCUCCUCCGGGCAUGGUGGCAACAAACCAGGCCCUUCAGACCUCCGGGGCACAGAAGGAUUGUUCAUCAUGUUGGAUAGAGUUUCCCCUCUACUUUGCCUCCUGUACCUGUGGAGUUUUCCCUCCUGGUGCAUGUCAGCAUCUGCACCACCCAGCCCUCCAGUAGCAUACUUUCCUCCCACCACUCCUAUCACACACGCAUAGCUGCCUGGAAGAGAGGCUUUUAACAGGUUCUGGCAGGCCUUUGAUUGACCUCUGGUAUCCUAAUUAGCCUAGAGUAACCUCUGUUCAGUUACCAAGGGAAAAGGGACUCAGAGCACUGACAACAUGCAUGCCAAGUGGCGCUGGCUGGUGGUGUCAGGCUCUGCAUCCUGGACAUGUUUGAACAGGUCAGCUUCAUAACCCUGAACAGUUUGCAGAAAUGCGUCUUCAGCUACAACAGCAACUGCCAGGAGACACUCAGUGACUACAUCGUGGCCAUCCUGUUGCUCAGCUCCCUGGUGGUGCAACGCCAUCACCACCUGCUCCUGCUCUAUGGCUUCCUUUAGUACUCUCCCAUAGCUAUCUGGCCUGACCUUUUCACAACGUGCUUUAUAGUGAUAAACUCAAGGGUAUCAAGUCCUUUAGUUUAGUGAAGAGAAGGCUAAGAGGUGGUGAUUACAUUUUUACUGCUUACAUGGGGAACAAAUAUUUGAUAAUGGACUCUUCAAUUUAGCAAAGAUGUAUCAAGAGCCAUUGGUUGGAAGUUGAAGCUAGACAAAUUCAGACUGGAAAUAAGGUGUAAAUUUUAACAGUGAGAGUAAUUAGCUAUUAGA